AUGGCGUCUCCUGAUGAGCUUUUCUCACCGACCGUGAUUGAGCUAGGCCACGACCUAUUUUCAAUCAAGUUGUACUGGGUCGCAAUAUCUGUUCUAUGGAUGUACGACUACCUUCUUACUCUCCCUGACGAGGUAGAGUACGGGUGGACCGGAAGAAAGACACCUGGUAAGGUAGUUCUCCUUCUCCUUAAGGGGGCCCGGGUUCUGAACGAACCUUUCCGUCAGCCUACUUCCUACCAGCCUGGGACUCACAUGUGUACGUGCACUGGUUAUGGAUUCAUGGAAACCUUCGAGACGAUGAUUACGACCUUCAUAGCAGAGUUAUUCCUCACGUUACGAGUUUACGCCCUUUCAGGCAAAUCCAAGUCCGUGCUUGUCAUCUCAGCCCUAUUCAUGGCAUGGCAAUGGGGUAUCGCCAUCUACGCCAUGUCACAGUCCGACAAGGGAACCGACAACGUCGCUGUCCUGCUUUCCGUGCCGACCUUCCCCCUCCCCAGGCUCCCUGAGGUCGACCCUUACCAUGUGUGCAUCUUCAUCUCUGUCCUCGGGAUCGCGAAGUGGGUAGAGGCGUGGCUCUGCCUAAGUCUGGCGUUCGAUGGGCUGGUGUUCCUGGCCAUCAUCUUCAUCACAGUGCGAUCAGCAAGGCAGCAUGGCUUCGUCCCCAUGAUGCGGAUCAUCCAGAGGGACGGCAUUGUCUACUUCUUCGUCCUGUUCUCGUCGAACCUCGUUUGGCUCAUGCUGCUCCUGCAUGCCCGGCCCGCGCUCAAGUUCUUGCACAAUCAGCCCGCGAUGGUGGUCUCGACGAUCAUGAUCAACCGAAUUACCCUGAAUCUCAAAAAAGCCAGAGACAAGCGCUCGGCAUGGGGUGUCCAGACGUUCGAGACAUUGUACUCGGAUGGCAGCACGAAGUACAAUCCUUCAGCUGGGUCGCGGUCCGGGGGCUCGCACAACAAGAUAGGCAGUUAUCCUGGUCAGGAUAUCGAGUUGAAGGAGAAGCGUUCCGUGGUCCCGGUGUAG